UCAUUUCCAUCCUUUCAAAGUGAAGCACAACUUCUUGGCUCUGUCUCUCUGUUACUCAUCCCUCUAUCGGUUCUGUCACUAACUCAGCAGCCGUACCCUAGAAAUAUCAUCUACCUCCUUUACCACCUGAUCGGAGAUCAGACACGAGUUAUUCCGUUUCACUCAUUGGCCGGAUAAACAACUCCUUCACUCACAACAGAAUAGAAGGUGAAAUGGCUGGAAAAUCAAACAGAGGGAAGAAUCGGAAGGGAUCCAAUAUUGGCGUAACAUCUACUGAGACCGUGGUUCCAACUGAUGCUCCUGCCAAAGAUAUUUCUAGUGAUGCUCCGACUAAAGAUAUUCCCAGUGCUAAAGAUGUUUCCAGUGAUGCUCCUGUUUCAACUGCCUUGGAAUCUUCCCUAACCGAUGCUAAUGAGAUUCCUGUUGUAGUUGAAUCAACUGAUGCCAAGCCGGAGCAUAAAUCUGAAACAGAUAAUUCAACCAGCCAAUCGAAGCAAGGUGACCUCCAUCUGUUUCCUGUAUCUGUCAAAACACAAAGUGGCGAGAAGCUUGAGCUUCAGUUGAACCCGGGAGAUUCUGUGAUGGAUGUAAGACAAUUUCUUCUUGAUGCUCCGGAAACAUGUUUCUUCACCUGCUAUGAUUUGUUGCUGCACACAAAAGAUGGCUCCACCCAUCAGCUUGAAGAUUUUAAUGAGAUUUCUGAGGUAGCUGACAUAACUACUGGUGGAUGCUCGUUGGAGAUGGUGCCUGCUCUAUAUGAUGAUAGAUCUGUGAGAGCUCAUGUCUAUAGAACAAGAGAAUUGCUUUCUCUUUCAUCACUUCAUGCAUCACUUUCGACGUCACUUGCAUUGCAACAUGAAACGACGCAAAACAAAACAAGUCCUGGAGAGGUCCCAGAGCUUGAUGGUUUGGGUUUCAUGGAGGAUGUUUCUGGUUCACUCAGUAAUUUAUUAUCAUCACCCACAAAAGAGAUCAAAUGUGUGGAAAGUAUUGUUUUUUCAUCUCUCAAUCCUCCUCCAAGCUAUAGAAGGCUUGUUGGAGAUUUGAUAUAUUUGGAUGUUGUAACCUUGGAAGGAAAUAAAUUUUGUAUCACUGGAACUACAAAGCUGUUUUAUGUCAAUUCAAGCACAGGGAACACACUUGACCCUCGGGCAAGUAAAGCUAAUUAUGAAGCAACCACACUUGUGGGACUCUUGCAAAAAAUCAGCUCUAAGUUUAAAAAAGCUUUUCGUGAAAUUUUGGAGCGGAGAGCUUCUGCACAUCCUUUUGAAAAUGUUCAAUCUUUGUUGCCUCCGAACUCUUGGCUUGGAUCGCAUCCUGUUUCUGAUCACAAACGUGAUGCGGCCAGAGCAGAGGAUGCACUUGUUCUUUCAUAUGGAAGUGAGCUGAUUGGUAUGCAACGAGAUUGGAAUGAGGAGUUGCAAUCAUGCCGGGAAUUUCCCCAUACUACUUCUCAAGAGAGAAUUUUGCGGGAUCGAGCUCUCUACAAAGUAACUUCAGACUUUGUUGAUGCUGCAAUAAAUGGUGCUAUUGGUGUAAUCAAUAGAUGCAUACCUCCCAUAAAUCCUACUGACCCAGAGUGCUUUCACAUGUAUGUCCACAAUAAUAUAUUCUUCAGUUUUGCUAUUGACGCUGAUCUUGAGGAUCUGAGCAAGAAAUGUGGAUCAGAUAAGUUAAAAAGUGGCAAAAACGGCUGUUUAUCUGAAAAGGCAUCCAAAGUUGGAAUUGCCAAUGGGGACAAAUGUGAUAAAUCAUGUAGAGAGGAACAUCAUAAGGUCACUGAAGUUACUCCUGAUGUACCUUCUGAGACACAGUCAGCUGAGACUGAGCAAGCCACAUAUGCUUCUGCUAAUAAUGAUUUAAAAGGCACCAAAGCAUACCAGGAAGCUGAUGUCCCUGGCCUUUAUAAUCUUGCAAUGGCUAUAAUUGAUUACAGGGGUCAUAGAGUUGUUGCUCAGAGUGUUUUACCAGGGAUUCUUCAAGGAGAUAAAUCAGAUUCACUUUUGUAUGGUUCUGUUGACAAUGGCAAGAAAAUAUGCUGGAAUGAAGAUUUUCAUUCAAAGGUGGUAGAGGCUGCCAAACGACUUCAUUUGAAGGAGCAUGCUGUUCUUGAUGGAUCUGAAGCCAUGUUUAAAUUAGCUGCACCCGUGGAAUGCAAGGGUAUCAUUGGUAGUGAUGACAGGCAUUAUCUUCUUGACUUGAUGAGAGUAACACCUCGUGAUGCUAACUACACGGGACGUGGGUCCAGAUUUUGUAUUUUGAGACCAGAACUCAUUACGGCUUUUUGUCAGACCCAAGGUGUAGAGAAAUCAAAAAGUAAGUCGGAUGAUGAAGUAACUGGUCAGGUAGCAAGUAAUGAUCCAAGUGUGGCUGGGGACAUUCAGGGUGCAACAAAAGAAGAGAAGACUCAGGCUGUUCCAGCACUUCAUGAUUGUACCUCUGGAUCACAAGAAGAAAUUCUCUUUAACCCUAACGUGUUUACUGAAUUUAAGCUGGCUGGAACUGAAGAGGAGAUAGCAGCAGAUGAAGAAAAUGUGAGAAAAGUUAGUUUGUACCUUACAGAUGUUGUACUUCCAAAAUUUAUACAAGAUCUAUGCACCCUUGAAGUUUCACCUAUGGAUGGUCAGACAUUGACUGAAGCUCUUCAUGCACAUGGAAUAAAUGUUCGCUAUAUUGGGAAAGUGGCUGAUGGAACCAGGCAUUUACCUCACUUGUGGUAUCUUUGCUCUAAUGAAAUUGUGGUUAGGUCUGCCAAACAUAUCCUCAAGGAUGUUUUAAGAGAAACUGAGGAUCAUGAUCUUGGGCCAGCAGUAACUCAUUUCUUCAAUUGUCUAUUUGGAAGUUGUCAAGCAAUUGGGACGAAAAGCACUGCUAGUAAUACGCAGUCUAGGACACCAAAAAAGGACCAAGUAGGUAGUCAAUCUUUUGGAAAAGUUUCCAAGGGGCAUGGAAAAUGGAAAGGUGGAGCAUCUGGAAGAAAAAAUCAAUCUUUGUAUAUGAAUGUGUGCUCUGAAACUUUGUGGUUGGAUAUUAAAGAAUUUGCGAAGCUCAAAUAUCAGUUUGAGUUGCCAGAAGAUGCUAAGAUGCGUGUGAAGACAGUUUCUGUUAUCCGUAAUCUUUGCCAAAAGGUAGGAAUUACAAUUGCAGCUCGCAGAUAUGACCUUAAUUCUUCAACUCCUUUCCAAACAACAGAUAUCCUGAAUCUCCAGCCUGUGGUUAAGCACUCAGUUCCUCUGUGCUCAGAAGCCAAGGAACUUGUUGAAACUGGGAAGAUCCAGUUAGCUGAGGGAAUGCUUAGUGAAGCUUACACAUUAUUUUCCGAGGCAUUUUCAAUUCUUCAGCAGGUUACUGGACCAAUGCAUCGUGAGGUUGCUAACUGCUGUCGGUACCUGGCGAUGGUCCUAUAUCACGCUGGGGACAUGGCUGGAGCAAUAAUGCAACAGCAUAAAGAACUAAUCAUUAAUGAACGGUGCCUUGGUUUGGACCACCCUGAUACUGCUCACAGUUAUGGAAAUAUGGCUCUUUUCUACCACGGUCUUAAUCAGACAGAACUUGCACUGAGGCAUAUGUCCCGAGCAUUGCUCCUGUUAAGUUUGUCAUCUGGUCCUGAUCAUCCUGAUGUUGCUGCAACUUUUAUAAAUGUUGCAAUGAUGUAUCAGGAUAUUGGAAAAAUGAAUACCGCACUUCGUUAUUUGCAAGAGGCCUUGAAAAAAAAUGAGAGGCUUCUUGGUGAGGAACAUAUCCAAACUGCUGUAUGCUAUCAUGCCCUUGCCAUCGCAUUUAAUUGCAUGGGUGCUUUCAAGCUUUCACACCAGCAUGAGAAGAAAACAUAUGAUAUACUUGUCAAACAGCUUGGUGAGGAGGAUUCAAGAACUCGCGACUCUCAAAACUGGAUGAAGACAUUUAAGAUGCGUGAGUUACAGUUGAAUGCUCAAAAGCAGAAGGGUCAAGCGUUGAAUGCAGCCUCAGCCCAAAAGGCUAUAGAUAUCUUAAAGGCCCAUCCCGACUUGAUACAAGCAUUCCAAGCUGCUGCUGGUGCUGGAGGGACUGGAAGUUCAAGUGGGUCUGUCAACAAAUCACUUAAUGCUGCCAUGAUUGGUGAAACAAUUCCCCGAGGGAGGGGAGUUGAUGAAAGGGCUGCACGUGCAGCUGCUGAAGUCAGAAAAAAGGCAGCAGCAAGGGGCCUUUUGAUUCGUCCGCAUGGUGUUCCUGUCCAAGCCUUGCCUCCCCUUACUCAACUUCUCAACAUUAUAAAUUCAGGGGCAACGCCAGAUGCAGUGAACAAUGGAGAGACAAAUGGAGUCAAUGACACAAAUAGCCAUCCCUCAAAUGGUUCAGUAGAAGUAAAAAUAGAUCAACCAUCAUCAGAGGAAGCAGGCCAACCUCCGGUGGGAUUGGGCAAAGGUUUAGGGUCAUUGGACACAAAGAAACAGAAAUCAAAACCUAAAGCUUCAUCUUAAUUUUUUUUUGAACAUCUGUGAUUCUAGAUAGGCAGGAACAAAUAGAUUCUAGAUAGGCGUUGAUGCUGCAAAUUUUUUCAAUGGGCUCAAGGAGGAUCAAUUCCUACCAAACCUUAGAAGCUAGAAAGAAAUUGAGAUUCAUAUCAAACCCAAUAAUGCCAGUUUUGGAUUGUCCAUAGUGAUAUUUGGCUGAAAGACAUGGUGGGAAUCAAUAGAUGGAUCAUAAAAUCAUCCUGGUAGUCUGGUAUAGACUGAUGGAUGUGCCUUGUGUACUAGCCUAUAUUUCUCUUUUUUUCGUUUUGUUUUUUUGUUUUUUGUUUUUUGUCAAGUGUUUUUUUUCCUUUGCCUAUGUGGUCUUGUGAAUUUUAUUGUACUCAUAAUAUUAUUGCCAUAACAUGUACUGUUGUGCAAAUUGAGGCUAGCAUGAAUGAUGCAGAAAAUUGUUACUUACAAUCCUAAUAAGAGUCUCAACACAAGUAUUGUUUC